AACCAAACAGGUCGUCAGUGCGAGUUUGUUUUCGGUAGUACGAUGUUAGGCGUAAAGUUGUUCGGUGCGGUCGCACUAUGUGGCCUUCUAGCCAUUGUCGACGUUUCGCAAGCAUUUAGAACAGUAUGCUAUUAUGAAGGCAAAGCUUUGUGGAGAAAAGAUGUCGUUAAAGUAGGCGCCGAGGAGCUAAAACCCGCCUUAAGUUAUUGUACGCAUUUGGUGUACGGUUACGCUGGUAUCGACGAUGACAAGUUUAAAGCCAAAUCGUUGGAUCCAAAGUUGGACUUGCCCGAGAGCAAAGAUGUUAAGGGUGGAAAGGGAAACUUUAAGGCCAUAACAGCUUUGAAGAAGAUUUACCCCAGUCUUACAAUACUGUUGUCAGUCGGUGGCAAUGCCGAUGUCGAAGAUCCCGACAAAUAUCUCACCGCUUUGGAGACGCCGAAAUCAAGAACACAGUUUGCGUCCACCAUUUCGGAGAUGGCUAAGGAUAACGGUUUCGACGGCAUAGAUUUGGCCUGGCAAUUCCCAGCAGUCACUGAAAAAAAGGAAAAAAACACAUGGGGUUCUUUUAUCCACAAAGUGGCUAAAACGGUGGGUAUCACUAGCAAGGACUCUAAAGAAGCUGAACACAAGGAACAGUUCACCGCACUGGUCCGCGAAGUCAAAGGAGUAUUGAACGCAAACAACUGUCCUUAUCUUUCGGUCAGCGUUCUCCCACACGUUAACUCUUCUGUGUAUUUCGAUUUCCCGGGGCUGCAAAAGUAUGUGGACCAUUUCACGCUGUUGACGUACGACUUCCGGACUCCGGACCGAGUGCCCAAACUAGCCGAUCACGCGGCGCCCUUCAAGUUCGUGUACGCCGACCGCCUGGCCUGGCAGAACAUCGAAUCGCAGGUCAAUAAAGCUGUCGCCUUGAAAGCCGACCGCAGUAAGUUGGUGUUGGGUAUCUCUACGUACGGCCGGACCUGGAAGAUGGACAAGGACAGUGGUAAGUCCGGCGCGGCACCCGUCACUGCCGACGGUCCCGGAGAAGAGGGCACGUAUACUAAGACCGAAGGUCUAUUGGCCUACUACGAGAUUUGCCCUCACCUGGUCGAGAGCACUGCGGCCACCACAUCUCUCACCCUUUACAGACGUGUACCGGACCCGAACAAAAAUCUUGGAACUUAUGCUUUCCGUUUGCCCAAAGACGACGUAAAAGGAAUUUGGAUCAGUUUCGAGGAACCAGAAACGGCCAAACAAAAAGCUACGUAUGUGAAACAAAAUAAUUUGGGAGGUAUAGCGUUGAUGGAUCUGUCCUUGGACGAUGCCAGAGGUCUGUGCGACGCUAAUAAGUACCCCAUUCUAAAAGCCGUAAAGAACGUGUUGUAAGAGUGAAUAGCUGAGUACAUGAAUCACAAAAUCGAUUUUAGUUUUAAGCGCUCAUUUUGUAUCGUAUAUUGUCAUUAAAAAAACUAUACUAUUCAUUUGUACCGGAAUAAUUAUACAUAUCGUCGCUAUAUUAUGCUGAUUUAAGAAUAAAAAAACCAUUUUCUUAAAUAGGUACCUACCUAAAAAAUAAUAUUAUAGGUUCUUUUAAAUUAUUUUACCUUAUUUGUGUUGAAUCUAAUGUUUAUAAUAUUAUAUCAUGUAAUGUUUUUUGACGUAAAAUAAAUAUAAGUAAGUAAAAAUAUAAA